AUGCGACUCAAGCAAUCUCGGUGCAUCGUUCAUACUGCCAUCCUAUUCGAACUGGCCAACAUCACUGAUGCCAGCCCUCUCAAAACGCCACAUCCAAGAGCGACUAGCUUUGGUCCAACCACCGCCACACAAAAUGAAUUUGCGUCUCAUGCUCUCGAGGUGGCGAGAUCACGAGUUGUGAACUCUUCGACCUGCAAUGCCGAGGACAUCUCUAUAAGGAAGCCAUGGGAGAGUUUGACCAGCGACGAGCGCAUCGCCUAUACCAACGCAGUCAAGUGCUUGAUGGACAAGCCGGCCAAGACCCCGUCAGAUGUGGCACCAGGGGCAAAGACAAGAUAUGACGACUUCAUCGUCACGCACAUCAACCAGACGUUGAGCAUACACUCCACUGCGAGCUUCCUCGGCUGGCACCGCUGGUUCAUAUGGGAGAUGGAACAGACCCUGCGAAAUGAAUGCAACUACACAGGCUCCAUCCCGUACUGGGACUGGGCAAAGACAGCGGAGGAAGGGUUCGCCAGCUCGGAGAUGUUCGAUGGCUCCGCGACGUCCAUCUCUGGCAACGGCGAUCCUGUAAACUACACGGACUCGGAUGUAAUUGUGGUGAGAAAGGGUACCCCUGGGGAGGUUGUCCUGCCGCAUGGCACCGGCGGCGGAUGUGUGACCAACGGGCCAUUCGCCAACAUGACCAUCAACCUCGGACCCGACGGCCUCCUGGUCACCAACGGCACGAACAAGUCCGCAUGGGAGUUCGAAUACAACCCCCGCUGUUUCAAGCGCGACCUGACAGACUACGCACUCCAGCGAUACGCAAACAACUCGAGCGUGCUGUCGCUGCUGCGCGAGUCGGACGACAUCUGGACCUUCGAGACGGCCAUGCAGGGCUCUGUGGAUAGGCGUCCACGGCGGCGGCCACUACGCGCUGGGCGGCGACCCGGGCCCGGUGACCCGGCCUUCUGGUCCCACCACGCCAACAUCGACCGCGUCUGGUGGAUGUGGCAGAUGCAGGACCCGGAUGCCCGCGCCGCCAACGUCUCGACUGCCGUGCGCGGCUCUCUGACCAAGAACGACGCCUACGAGCCGCACGGCAACGGCACCAUCCUGUCGGAGCAGAACCUUGGCUACGUCGCCGGCUGGGAGACUGUGCCCCUGGGCGAGCUCAUGUCUACCACCGAGGGCAAAUUCUGCUACGUGUAUGGGUGA